UUGGGUCCGAGAUUCUGAGCUCUGGAUUCGCAACGAGUGCUGCUUUGACACGGUGACACGAAAGAAAGAAGAAACACUAAAAAGUGUGGUGGCCAAUAGGCAGAGAACAUGGCAUUUACGAAUUACAACUAUGAUUUCUUUCUAAAAAUUGUUUUCGUUCUAAAAAUGAGUGCCUGUUAGAUUCUUCGGUUGUAAGUAAUUAUUGGGGGUCGCCUUUUGUUGUGGUAAGGAAUUUGAAUUUGAUUAUUUGCUUUUAUGGUCCCUGGCCCCGAGACUUUUUCCUAUAUAAAAGAGCGAGAUAUAGCGGCAAUUGGAUACGCUGGCUUUCACUUCGUGUAUUUUUGAAGAAGACGAGGAGGCGGAGGAGGACGAGGUCAGCGUACCUCUCCUGGGACAAUCAUCAUCAUCAACAGCAAUAACCCAGGAAGAGGAAGUGAAUUACAUGGAUAACAACACUGGAGCCAAUGAUGAUUCUCGUCCUAGCAAAGUGUACGAUGAAGACGAGUUGGACGUGGAGAUCCCACAAACCGCUCAUCAGAUUAGCAAAGAUUCAUGGUUUCAAGCGGGUUUCGUCCUGACUACUGGUAUCAACAGUGCUUAUGUACUGGGAUAUUCUGGGACUAUCAUGGUUCCUCUGGGUUGGAUAUUUGGUAUAGUUGGUUUGAUAAUAGCCACUGCCAUAUCUUUGUAUGCAAAUUCUCUUAUUGCCAAGCUUCAUGAAUUUGGGGGCAAGAGGCAUAUCAGAUACAGGGACCUUGCAGGACAUAUAUACGGUAGGAAAGCUUAUUCUCUUACAUGGGCACUACAAUAUGUCAAUCUUUUCAUGAUUAACACUGGUUAUAUCAUUUUGGCUGGUUCAGCCCUAAAGGCUGUCUAUGUUCUUUUCAGGGAUGACCAUAUCAUGAAGCUCCCCUACUUUAUUGCCAUAGCUGGGUUUGUAUGUGCCUUGUUUGCCAUAUGCAUACCCCAUUUGUCAGCACUUAGGUUUUGGUUGGGAUUUUCAACAUUCUUCAGCCUGAUUUAUAUAAUCAUAGCGUUCGUGCUGUCGCUUCAAGAUGGAAUCGAAGCACCUGCCAGGGAUUAUAGCAUUCCAGGAACCGCAACAAGCAAAAUCUUUACAACAAUAGGGGCAGCUGCUAAUCUUGUUUUUGCAUUCAAUACUGGAAUGCUUCCAGAGAUACAGGCAACAGUGAGGAAGCCUGUUGUUGACAACAUGUUAAAAGCUUUGUACUUCCAGUUCACAGCAGGGGUAUUACCAAUGUAUGCUGUUACUUUUGUCGGGUACUGGGCUUAUGGAUCUUCUACAUCAUCUUACUUGCUCAACAAUGUCACUGGUGCAGUUUGGGUCAAGACGAUGGCCAAUAUUGCUGCCUUCCUGCAAACAGUCAUUGCUUUGCAUAUAUUUGCAAGUCCAAUGUAUGAGUAUUUGGAUACUAAAUUUGGGAUUAAAGGAAGCGCUUUGUCAGCUCGCAACUUGUCAUUCAGAAUUACAGUGAGAGGUGGUUACCUAGCUAUUAACACACUGGUUGCAGCUCUUUUGCCAUUCCUCGGAGAUUUCAUGAGCCUCACAGGGGCAAUCAGCACAUUUCCUCUGACGUUUAUCCUUGCAAACCACAUGUAUCUAGUAGCAAAGAAGACCAAACUCACGUCUUUACAGAAGCUAUGGCAUUGGCUCAAUGUUUGCUUCUUUGGCUGCAUGUCUAUUGCUGCAGCAAUUGCAGCCUUGAGGCUCAUUGCAGUAGAUUCCAAAACAUACCAUGUUUUUGCUGAUUUAUGAUUAGACUUCUUCUCUAGUCGCCUGUCUUCUUUUUUCCCCCACAAUUAUUAUUCGACUCUUGAUUGACAUCUUGGCAUUUUAUUAGGCUCAGUGCUUUAAGCAUAGAAGGCCAAGCAUAUGAUUCUUGUCCCAUUUAGGGUACUUCGACCCAGAGAUGUAUGUACCACAUAAUCCAGGGUGAAGCAUAGUUGAAAAGAAUGGGAUUUAUUUUCGCUGGUGUAA